CGCUGCUUCGCCGUCGUCCCUGUCCCUGGCUUCAGUAAUUGACUAGAGGUGGCUGUUGCACUAGUCUCCAAAUAAGGAGGAGUCAACUCAGCGUUCAUCGAGCAUUCGGAGCUUUAUUUGAAAGGGGAACAGCCCUCGGAGCUUCCCAAGCCGCAUUCAUGGGUUCGUCGGUGGGAGGAGAAGAGGAGGAACGGAUCCUGCUAGCGCGCGCGACGCCGCCGGAGAACUUUGAUGAACACACAGGCGAUGGCUCAGUUGAUUUCAGAGGUCACCCUAUUUUAAAGCACAAUACAGGAAACUGGAGAGCAUGCUCAUUGAUUCUUGGGACUGAAGUGUGCGAAUGCUUAGCCUACUAUGGGAUCUCCAAAAGUUUGGUCACUUACCUUUCAACAAGACUGCAUGAAGGCAAUGUGUCUGCAGCCAGAAACUUCACGACCUGGCAAGGAACUUGUUAUCUCACACCACUUAUUGGAGCAACCUUAGCAGAUUCUUACUGGGGAAAGUAUCGGACUAUUGCUGUUUUCUCAACUAUUUACUUCCUUGGGAUGUCAGCAUUGACACUUUCAGCAUUGAUUCCUUAUCUCCAGUCCCCUCAAUGUAUUGGGUCUUUUUGUCCACAACCAGCCUUACACCAGUAUUUGAUAUAUUUUGUUGGACUAUACAUGAUUGCUUUAGGGGCUGGAGGUAUCAAGCCAUGUGUUUCGUCCUUCGGUGCAGACCAAUUCGAUGAUACCGAUCCAGUUGAGCGAACAAAGAAAGGCGCUUUCUUCAAUUGGUUUUAUUUCUCCAUAAAUAUUGGUUCAUUGAUCUCUGGCACUGUUCUUAUUUGGGUACAAGAAAAAUAUGGAUAUGGCAUUGGAUUUGCAAUCCCUACCUUUUUCAUUGCCUUAGCUAUCGGAAGCUUUUUUCUAGGCUCAGAGGUAUACAGAUUUCAGAUACCUGGAGGAAGCCCGCUUACAAGAGCAUGCCAGGUAGUUGUUGCAGCCAUUUACAAGCGAAAUGUGGACUUGCCAGUUGAUAGUUCUCUUCUCUAUGAGUGUCGUGGCAAGAGAUCAGCUAUUGAGGGGAGCCGUAAGCUGGAGCACAGCAGUGAAUUCAGUUUUCUUGACAAAUCAGCAGUCGUUUUGCGGAGUGAAUGCGGCGGUUUUCACAAUCCUUGGAGGCUUUGCACUGUCACACAGAUUGAAGAGCUCAAAAUAUUAAUGAGGAUGUUUCCAAUCUGGGCAACGGGCAUUGUGUUCUUCACUGUCUGCGCUCAGAAUUCAUCAAUGUUCAUAGAGCAAGGAAUGGCACUCAACAACCAAGUGGGAUCAUUUAAGAUCCCACCGGCCACCCUGUCGUCCUUGGACGUAAUCAGCAUCGUUGUUUGGGUCCCUAUUUACGAGAGAUUCAUCGUGCCGAUAGCAAGGAGAUUGACUGGUAAGGAGAGGGGCUUCUCGGAGCUUCAGCGUAUGGGGAUCGGUCUUUUCGUGUCCACCAUUGCAAUGGCGGUCGCAGCAUUGGUUGAGGUCAAGCGCCUGGAGAGCGCAAGAUCCGAGGGCCUGGUCCAUCAGAAGGUGCCUGUUUCCAUGAGCAUUCUCUGGCAAGCGCCUCGGUACCUGUUGAUCGGUGUCGGUGAGGUGUUCACGUCCAUCGGGCAGGCUGAGUUCUUCUACAACCAGUCUCCGGAUUCCAUGAGAAGCCUGUGCUCGGCUUUCGCCCUUGUCACCGUGUCGCUUGGAAGCUAUCUUAGCUCGUUCAUACUGACCCUGGUGUCGUAUCUUACGACGCGGGGGGAGCAGAUGGGGUGGAUUCCUGACAACCUGAAUGAAGGCCACCUUGACCGCUUCUUCUGGCUCAUUGCUGGCCUCAGCUCUCUGAAUUUUCUUGCUUUCGUUUACUUUGCGCAGCAGUACAAGUGCAAGAAAGCUUCUGUACUUUGAUGUUUCCGCCUUUGCCUUGUAUUGUGCAGAAAGUUGUGUGGAUAUUUCUCUGAUGAACAAGCUAACAAUGUACAGGCUACAAUGUACAGUCUUCUGUAGUGUACAGUCUUGUAUCCUUUGAUAGUUGUAUACAUUUGUUUACUUGGAGAGUGGGAAUAGUGUACCUUUUCCCCUUGUUAAUGAAGCUUAUAACCAUGUAGCUUUAACCAACA